AUGCAGCAAUUGGGUGAGAAGAUUAGUCCCUCUUUGGUGGUAUUAGAAUCUCUGAGUUACUUGGACUUGAGCAAAAAUAAUUUCAGUGGUUCUACUAUUCCAAGUUUCUUUAGUUCUGUGCCAAGUUUGAGAUAUCUCAACCUCUCUCAUUCGCUUUUUGAGGGGUUGCUUCCUCAUCAGCUUGGGAACCUCUCGAGCCUUCGUGUUCUCGAUCUAUCCUCUAAUUCCUUAUAUGGUCAUAUACCUAGUAGCAUUUCAAAUCUUCCCCCGUUGAGCUAUUUAGAUUUGGGAUUCAAUCUAAUCACAGGGCAAAUCCCAGACGGUCUUGGGCAAUUGAAACAUCAUGAAUCUCUCUAUCUUUCUGCAAAUUUAUUGCAUGGUCUCAUUCCAGCAUCUGUUGGAAACUUAUCGUCCUUGAGAUUAUUCUCUCUUUCUGCUAAUAAAUUGAAUGGCACUUUCCCAAACAGUAUGGGGUUGCUCUCAAAUCUAGAGGAACUAUAUGUAGGAACCAAUUCCUUAGCAGGCAUUGUUUCCGAAGCCAGUUUUGCCAAACUGUCAAAAUUGAAGAUCUAUACGUGUUCAAACUUUCUGUUCUUCAACAUGAACUCCAAUUGGGUUCCUCCUUUUCAACUUCACAUACUCAAAAUGAGCUCCAGCAACAUGGGUCCAAGGUUUCCUUUAUGGCUACGAACACAAACAUCUUUGAAUUAUUUGGACAUCUCUUAG